AUGCUGGUGGCCUUGGCACAGAGCAACGAUGAGGGUCAGAUCUGUUACCAGGAGCUGGUAGAUCUGGUCAGUGGCAUCAGCAGCAAACGCUCCAGCAGUUUCAAGCGGGCCAUCGCCAACGGACAGAGAGCUCUUCCUCAGGAUGGUCUCCUGGACGAGACCGGCCUGGGCUUCUACAAACGCUUUGUGCGCUACGUGGCCUAUGAGAUCCUCCCGUGUGAGAUGCACCGACGGUGGUACUUCUACCAGCACCGUGCCUGUCCUCCGCCAGUCUUCAUGGCUGUGGUCACACUCACCCAGAUCAUAGUUUUCCUUUGCUACGGAGCACGGCUGAACAAAUGGGUGUUACAAACCUAUCAUCCAGAGUACAUGAAAAGCCCUUUGGUCUACCAUCCUGGACAUCGCGCCCGAGCCUGGAGGUUUCUCACAUACAUGUUCAUGCAUGUAGGGUUAGAACAGCUGGGGUUCAACGCGCUCCUGCAGCUGAUGAUUGGGGUGCCCCUGGAGAUGGUCCAUGGCGUCCUUCGCAUCAGCUUCCUCUACCUCGCAGGAGUCCUGGCAGGUUCGCUGACCGUCUCCAUCACCGACAUGAGAGCGCCCCUGGUUGGGGGUUCGGGGGGCGUCUACGCCCUUUGCUCGGCUCACCUGGCCAACGUCGUCAUGAAUUGGGCUGGAAUGCGUUGUCCGUAUAAAUUGCUCCGUAUGGUGCUGGCCCUGGUUUGCAUGAGUUCCGAAGUGGGCCGUGCCGUCUGGCUGCGUUUCUCCCCGCCGUUGCCCUCCGCCGGCCCUCAGCCCAGCUUCAUGGCCCACUUGGCCGGGGCCAUUGUGGGUGUCAGCAUGGGGCUGACCAUCCUUCGCAGCUACGAGGAAAACCUGCAGGAUCAGUGUGGCUGGUGGGUGAUGCUGCUCUCCUACGCCACCUUCCUGGUUUUUGCCGUCUUCUGGAACAUCUUCGCCUACGACCUUCUGGGCACGCAGAUUCCGCUGCCCCCGUAG